UUUUAAGGUGACAGAAAAAAAGCGUAGAUGGGAAACGACAAGGUUUUUUAUUUUUUUUCAACCAGAGACAAAGAGAUAAUGAACAAGAGCGUUAAUGAAAUUAUUCAUACUGCUCAUCUUUUUGUCACUUAAAUUUAUCGUCACGUCUGAAGAGGUUGCCCAUCCAGGGGUCCGCAACCUGGGGAGAACGGCGUAUAUAUCUGCACGGGAGAAGGGGAGAAACAAAACAAAAAAAAGCACCCAGGAACCUGAAAGAGAAAAAAAAUGCCAAGCUGUUCAACUAGGACACGCCAAAGAGACAGAGCGGAAAAGAAUGCCAACGAGAGAGAGAAAAAAAAGUGGCCAAAAUCAGUCUGUAUUUGUCUCAUCAAAUACGUACAAUUUAAUUGAAAAAAUGUGGGUAAAUAUUUUACAAAUCAAAAUUUUUUAAAAGAGGCAAGCUAAUGUUGUUUUUAAGUAAUUAAAUAAGAGAGCAAACCAAAGGACAAAGACAUACAAAAAGGAAGAUGGAUGCAUUAGACAAGCCACACUUACUCUCCUCUUGUUUUUAUUUACA